CACUUUAACGUUUCUCUCAAAAAGGUGAUUUAAACCCAAUUUUGAUCCCACCUUUCUCGCGAUUUCUAGGGUUUCACAUUCCUCUCACUGCCUCUCCCAAAUCGUAAAUCCAAGCCAUUCUGGUCAUACCCAUAAAUUUUCUAGUGUUUAUUUUCAUCAGAGCGACGAUAAGAUGCCUCAGAGACACUCGAAGAACAACAACGAUUUAGCUUUCUUCACCUACGAUGAGAAGCGAAAGCUCGGAUAUGGGACCCAGAGGGAAAGGUUGGGUAAGGACUCGAUUAAGCCCUUCGAUGCCUGCUGUCUCUGCUUGAAGCCGCUUAUCGAUCCCAUGUCUUGCCAGAAAGGCCACGUCUUCUGUAAAGAAUGCAUUCUCGAGUGUCUUUUAGCCCAAAAGAAGGACAUCCAAAGGAAGCUAGCUGCCCAUGAAUCACAGAAGAAACAAGAGAAGGAAGAGGAGGAAGAGAAGUUAAUGUUGCAGAAAGCCAGAGAACUGGAUGCUUUUGAUCAGCAAAACCAUGGUGCAGUUCCACAGUACAGUGAUAGAAACCAGAGCCGAGACAAGAAUGGCUUCCAUGGGGCAAACAGUGUGAAGGUUACUUCCUAUGAAGAGGAGGCACUUCGAACAAUGAAAGCAUUUUGGCUGCCCUCAGCUACACCAGAAGCUCCUGUUAAAACAGAAGCGCCCUCCACAAGUACAAUCUGUCCUGAAGGCAAGGAAAAGCUUAAGAUGAAGAGCCUUUUCCCCAUCUAUCUCACUGAAGACAAUAGUGAAAAGAAAUCCAGUGCUCUUGACAAGACCUAUAUCUGUCCCAGCUGCAAGGUUACCCUCACUAAUACACUUUCGCUGGUUGCACUCAGCUCAUGUGGUCAUGUCUUCUGCAAGAAGUGCGCGGACAAAUUUAUGGCUGUGGAUAAAGUUUGUCUGGUUUGCAGCAAGGCGUGCAAGGAAAGGAAUUUGGUGAACUUGGAAAAGGGUGGAACAGGAUUUGCUGGUCAUGGAGAUAAUCUUUUAGCAACAGACUUUAAGCAUUUAGGUAGUGGUUCAGGAUUGGGACUUGUGAGACCUGCAGCGAUGAAGAUUUAAAAUUUCUGAAUUACUUAAACAGGUGAUCGAAUACCAAUUACUUUUGUGAAGCUAGAAUGGUGCUCCAGUUUCUUACUGUGUUUCCAUUGGGGCAUCCAUCAACGUUCAAAAUUUAUGACGGUUCCAAUUGUUUUGUUACGAGUAUGUUUCCUGUAAGGCAUUUAUGCAAAGUGGAUAACUGGGUAUGUUAAAUAUGGGUGUUUGCGGGUCUACAAGCCUAUUCCCUUCAAUGUUUAUGCCUAAUUUCAUAA